AUGGAGAUCCAGAAUACGAAAAUAAGAUCCAGAAAUACUAUUCAGGUGUAUACUCUUGGGAGUCACCUUGGAUGGAGAAAAGAAGAAAAAGUCCCUCACUAUUGCUUCUUCUCAUCCGAGGACUCUGGUGUCUUUGGUAAUGGAGCCGUUCAUUGGAUCAACUUGAGAGAGUCACAAAAAUGUGAUAUUUUAGCUUUCGGUUUAGCAAAUGAGGAAUUCUGGCCCAUUCCAUCCCCUCCUUAUACCAACAGUUUUGGGGCGAAUCUAUGUUCCAAACUCACCCUAUUGGGAGGUAAUUUGUGUGUCGUUCAUUCAAACUAUCAAUCUAUAAAUAAACGCCUAGAUAUUCGGGCGUUUAAGAAGACUAAUAAUGGUAAUAGUCAGGGAGAAAAGACAGAAAAACAACGAGAGUACGACACAUGGAGUUGGAGUAAAGAGCACAGUAUAGCAUGGGAAGUCGAAGUUACGUACACACCAUUCGUCAUCACAAAGUGCAGUACUGUUCUAUUGUGGGAAAAUGAGACUAGUAAUCUUCGUUGUUUUGAUCCUAGAACGUCAACACUGGAAAAAUAUUGGGAUGGAGGCGAACGCGACAGUGUGUACGUCCAAGCAGUUCCUCACAUGAACAGUCUUGUUUCCUUGAAAGAGCUCGGAGAAAUUUAA